AUGGGCUUGUUUUCGAAGAUACGUCGUAGGCUUCGACAAUACCGCUUCGACGGCGAGGAAGAUCUGCAAAUGGAGCCUCCCGCCGAGAUCACCAUUUACCGGAAUCGAGGCACCUGGCUGGAGGGAGAGUUUAUCAUGAUGGGACAAGGUGGAUUUGGUCUACCCAGCAUCGUGUCGCGGCAGGACAAUCAUUUUGAUACCCCUACCGUUGCCAUAAUGGACAACCGAGACAAAAGUUACACGGCUCAGGCACAUGAACAAUCCCCAUUGAUCGCUCCGGCAAGAGUCAUUAGACUCAGUCGUGACGAUUACAUGCCGCAUGAAACGAGUUCGACGCAUCUCACAAAGGCAGUGGAAGCAGUCACUGCGGCCAUUUUGAUGCUGUGCGUUGUUACGACAUUUGCUGGAUUGAAUGCCACUGGCUGUGCUGUCAUUGUUGCCGUGUCGCUUUCGAAUCAACCAAUAACGGAUUCUGUGCUGGCAUCUGUAUUGCUACUGACAAUGGGAACCGUUGGGACUCGGUGUGUUCGUUGGACGGCACGUCAUGAUAUACUUUUGGAAACAAGGGGGGGAAACUGUGCAUGA